AUGCCAUCCUUAUCCGGUCCAGAAGGAGGCGAAGAUGUCAACUCUAAUGAUAUUAAACAGGAAAUCGCACGCUUUGAAAGCGUCCAUCCCUCUAUUUAUGCUCUUUAUGAUCUUAUUGAGGCUCUCACUGAUCGCCGGCAGGCUGAGAUGUUUCGGCGGCAGGUUGCCAGUGUUGAAGACGCUUUUGUUAACAGUCAAGAAUGGACACUUGGGCAUGCCGUCCCACAGAUCAAGUUGGUAGGCUCCAAUCUUUCGUUUAAGAAUUCGUCCCUUAAGGGACUACUUGGUUCAGUUAACAGCGGGAAGUCGGCUUUGGUUCAUCGUUACCUUACUGGCACAUAUUUAAAAGAUGAGUCUCCAGAAGGUGGAAGGUUUAAGAAAGAAGUUGUCUUGGAUGGAAUGAGCUAUCUUCUUCUUAUACGUGACGAAGGUGGCGCACCUGAUGAACAGUUUAGCAGAUGGAUCGAUGGAGCAGUUUUUGUCUUUAGUUUAGAUAGUGAAGAGAGCUUCCGGGUCGUGUGCGAUUACUUUGAGCGCCUUGAUACUUUCAGAGAGAUCCAUGAUCUACCUAUUAUACUAGUAGGGACUCAAGACUCGACUUCUGAUUCCAAUCCUCGUGUUAUCGACGAUGCAAAGGCGAGACGACUGGCAAAUAGUUUGAAUAAAUGUCCUUACUAUGAGACUUGCUCCACCUACGGUCUUAAUGUCGAAAGGGUUUUCCAGGAUGCCUGCGUGAAGAUCGUUCAGUCACGACCUGAUUUGAGUUACCUCUUGUCGGUCAACGGUCCUCAAUUCCAAAGGAGUCAACAAUUUCAAAUGUUCCAGCAGCGAGCACAACCACCCUAUCCAAUGCAGCCCCCAUUUCCCCUGCAACACAUCCCUUCCAAUAGUUAUCGUGACAGAAUGAUGCAACCCAUGUCUCAGAUUCAUUCGGCGACAAUGGGAGGCGUUGAUCCCAAUCUUUCAAACUGCAUGAGUACUCAGGCGUCACUCCAGUGCAUGCAUGCCAACACUACGGCCCGUGGGGGAACCUAUCAACAUAGAUUACCCCCCCUUCCAAUGGAUAAUGUUACGAAUGGGAGCAUCAAUACCAGCGGCAGUGGUAGCGCCCUCACUCCCCAGUCCAACGAUUCACGUCGAUCUGAUAUGCACAACAAUCCUGGUUUUGAACCAGACUUCGGUGAUCUCGCGCAGCACAGCACUAUCAUUGGCCGCCCAUCCUCAUUCACACAUCCAUUCUCCAUUGAGGGUGUUGCGCCUGGUACCCUGCCUCGCGCUGACGCCCCUAUUGUUCUAGCACCUCUUGACUGCCUCAGAUACCCUUAUCCACCGCCUCCACCACCGGACAUGUACUGGGGUGUCCACCCCUUUGUCAUUGCCCCUCCCAACAGCUCUAGCCUGACUCAGUGGUACGCCACCAGUAACCCCUCAUUCUCGAACCUCAGAGAGGCCCUCGGCAACGGCAGAAUUGACUGUGAUAAUGAUAAUGAGUGGCCCAAGCUCAGUCUCGCAGAGCUCACCUCCGAACCGCGAGGUGAAGCCAAGGAUCCUCUCACUCCUAGUAGUACUCCCACUCAGUCGCGAAAGUCAAGGCCCAAGUCAAACCUUUUUGUACCCCGUUUGGUAUUGCAGAAGAAAACGGAUGAUGCGAGAGAGAAGGAGAAGAAGGUCGUGGACGGUAUCGGGAGUGGCAGAUCCAUCCCCAUUAAACAGGGCUAUCUGUAUAAAAGGACCUGCAAGCCCUUGAACAAGGAGUGGAAGACAAAGAAGUACGUCGCCCUGACAGAUGACGCUCGACUUAUCUAUCAUCCUAGUAUCCAGGAUUACGUUCAGAACUCUCAUGGGAAGGAGAUCGAUCUGAGUCGAGUUACAGUGAAAAUCCCUGGUGUGACCUUCAGGCAGACCGGUGGCCAGGUAUCUUCAAACGGGCCUGCACGCAAUCAGCUGACGGAGAUGGCUUCAGGUAUGCUUUAUAAACUGUCUGCUUCGCUGGAAAACCCCUCCGGUAGUGCCGUCAUCGACCAAGCCCAGGUCUCCAAUGAUAACGUGAAUGCCGGCAACCGAAUGGCUUCUCAACAGGGUCCAAAAGACACAUCAAAAAAGCGCUAUCGACGGGUGAAAUCGUCACAGAAAGCUGGUACCACCGACGGCUAUGAAUCUGAGGGUUAUGAGUUUCAAUUGAUCUCCAUGGACCGUCAGUGGAACUUUGAGGCGCAUAGCCUAGAGGAUCGAGAUGACUGGGUGUCUCACAUCGAUCAGGCUAUAAUCACUCGCCUUCAGUUGCUCGAGUCGACCAGUAAACGUGAAGCUAUUCUUACGGGAUCGGCGUCGGGGGUCGCACCACCAAGUCACGCCGGUGUGGAGGUGCCCUCCAACAGUUGGGGUGGUGGCAGCCAUUCAGGGCCUGGCGUUGGUGCGGGUGGUGGUGGUGGUGGUAGUGGAACCACCGGCUCAGAUCCUGGUGGAGUGACCAAAGAAGGUGAGAAGGGCGAGAACAUGCGAGUGGAUGAGGCUAUGGCUAAGUCACUACGUGCUGUGGCGGGGAAUGAUGCUUGUGCAGAUUGCGGAGCACCUGAUCCGGACUGGGCAAGCCUGAACCUUGGUGAGAUGGUGUGCAUUGAGUGCAGUGGGGUGCACCGCAAAUUGGGCACGCACAUCUCUCGAAUUCGCUCCCUCAUGCUGGACGACUGGACUCCUGAGGCCGCAGCUGUCAUGCGUGCCAUUGGAAACACUCUAGCCAACUCCGUCUGGGAGGCUGCAGUGCCCGGUAAUGCCGCCAGUCGAAGGAAGCCAGAUUCGCGCAGUUCCAAGGAGGAGAUGGAGGCAUGGAUAAGAGCAAAGUAUGAGCAUCGUGAGUUCCUACCGCCACUGCCAUACCCCGAAGCGCCACUGCAGCAGCAGUUGAUCGACGCGAUCGCGCGUCAGGACACGCGUCAGGUCAUCCUUUGCCUCGCGCGCGCUACCCCCGACACCGUCAAUGCCCCUUACUCACGACAGGAUCCCCGUGCUGCCAUUCACAUCGCUGCUACUCUUGGCAACAUUGUAUACCUUCAACUCCUUCUCUGGUACAAUGGUGAUCCAGGAGUGGUGGACUCGGAAGGUCGAAACGCUUUUUACUACGCGCAUUGUUCCUACCACUUUGACUGCGCCAACUUCCUCGCUCGUAAUGGUUGCCCCCGUCAGGCCGUGCCCACACCCGCUCUUUCUCACUUCGCUACCGUGCAGCAGCAGCCACAGCAGCACCACCAUCAACAGCAACAGCAGCAGGUCAAGUCCCCACCACCGCCGUCCCAAUCGCAGGGUGCGAACUCCAUUACUCCUAAGCACCAUCCACAGCAACAUGCCGCCUACCAACAACAACAACAACAACAAGCGCUGAGCUAUCGGAGUUCAGGAGUUGCUGUAAGCCCGGGAAUGCCACCUCCCACCCCACAGGGUGUUAUGACAGGUGGAUUCGCCCCUGUGUUCAUGCACAACAUAAUGCCUGUGUCGUCAGCCAAUGCGUUGCACGGAACAAUGGGUGGUAGCAGUAGCGGACUUGGUCCGGCUACAGUGGUAGCGGGUGCGACCCUACCGCGUCGUAGAGGUCCAUUUGGUCCUGGUCAAAGCUGCUAUCUUCCCGCGCAGCCACCACCUGCAGCGGUGGCCAACAGCAUGGCUAACCGACCACUCCCUGUAGCAGGAGCCUUUGAUCCCAACACUGGACGCCCCCUCGUUCCCUCCUCUUCAAUGCCUGUACCUGCAUCUUCAAAACCCGGAGAUAACAGUAGUCAGGAGAUCGGCAUCUAG